AUGGCUGCAAUCGUUCUUCCUGCUGCCAGAAGGCAUACCUCUACAGUCAUUGUCAUGCAUGGCUUGGGCGACAGCACGACGACCCAAUCUCGUCACGUUCAGUCUUGCUUACUCUUAUGGAGGUCGUUCCUCGCCGACAUGUGGAAGGGCAAGUUUGAAGAGACCUCUUUCAUCUUUCCCAAUGCACCUGAGAUCCCCAUCUCCGUGAACAUGGGAAUGAGAAUGCCUGGAAACUUGGCUAGAGAUCCAGCACUGACUAAUUCUGCCGGACAGAUGUCUUUCGACGACAUUCAGCAGCACGAAGAUGAGGCUGGUAUCACCCGCUCGCAGAACUACAUCCACUCUUUGAUCGCCAAGGAGAUUGAGAAGGGCAUUCCUUCCGAGCGCAUCGUCCUCGGUGGUUUCUCUCAGGGCGGUGCUAUGAGUCUCAUGUCGGGUGUCACUGCUCCCACACGCCUGGGCGGUAUCUUCGGACUCAGCUGCUACCUACUACUCCGUGGCAAGCUCAGAGACAUGAUCCCAAGCGAGAACCCAAACAAGCAAACGCCUAUCUUCAUGGGCCAUGGUGACGCCGAUCCGGUUGUUCGUUACGAAUGGGGCCAGGCCACUGCUAAGACUCUUCAAGAAUGGGGUUGGAAUGUCGAUUUCAAGACGUACAAGGGUCUUCCUCACUCCGCUGCCCCACAAGAGAUCAACGAUCUGGAGCGCUACAUCAAGGAGAGAGUCCCAGAUCUCGGCGACAAGCCUCUGCCUUCCAAGGCCUGACUGCAGCAACAUGCUCACGAAGUCGGAAGGAUCUGGUUAAUCAUUUCA